UUCAUUUAAAGCCCAUUUUCAUUCGCUACACAUCACCAAAUCUAGGGUUAGCCUGCCAGUGAAAAAUCUCUCCUUCUGUAACUCGCGCCUCUCUUGCUGCAGUUUCAGGCUUCAGCUACACCAGCUUCCUCGAGAAACAGCUCUCAAUCAUGGCGGAGCAGACUGAGAAGGCUUUUCUGAAGCAACCUAAAGUGUUUCUAUGUUCGAAGAAAUCUGGGAAGGGAAAGAGGCCUGGCAAGGGUGGAAAUCGAUUCUGGAAAUCCAUUGGAUUGGGGUUCAAGACUCCCAGAGAAGCAAUUGAAGGAACUUAUAUUGAUAAGAAAUGUCCCUUCACUGGAACUGUGUCUAUCAGGGGUCGUAUCUUAGCGGGAACUUGCCACAGUGCGAAGAUGAUGAGGACCAUUAUUGUUCGCUGAAAUUAUCUUCAUUUUAUCAAGAAAUACCAAAGAUAUGAGAAGAGACAUUCAAAUAUUCCGGCACACAUAUCUCCAUGUUUCCGUGUUAAAGAAGGAGAUCAUGUUAUUAUUGGGCAAUGCAGACCACUUUCAAAGACCGUCAGAUUCAAUGUUCUUAAGGUGAUUCCUGCUGGAUCUUCUGGCGGGGGCAAGAAGGCCUUCACUGGAAUGUGAGUUUGACAAUGACGGUUUCAGGGUGAUGUUACAGUCAUAAUGGAUUUAGGGUAAUCUGGUUAUAGAAAAGCAGAUUUUAGAAGUUUUAAACAGCAUCUAGAUUGACAUUAUUGAUUAAAAGAUGGAUUAUUGAACACGCUCUGUACUUCAAAUUUUUUUGGUAGUGGAAAUUUGUUACGUCAUGCAGUAGGUUCACUGAAUGAAUUAACACCUGUUUGGUAAGGAAAAGUAUCAUAUCAUUUAGUAAUUGGAUGAACAUGCAUGGUUAAUAGAGAUUCUUUCUUA